AUGAGCUAUCAAAAUAUUGGAGCUGAAAAUCUGCCGUUGGCGUCAGCUGUUGUUGCACAAGACCUUAUGGCGUAUGGUUGGCGAAAACUGCCGCCACUGAGUACCAACAAGCACCCUUUGCUUUUUGAUCCUGAGGUUGAGGCAACUGCUCGUAGAACACACGCAAGUGCAAAGAAAAGGAGGGCGGAGGCUCGUAAACAAGCUCAACAGGCCUCUCAAUCUCUUGACAUGGCAGGUCAGGCUUUCGAGAGAACUCUUAGGCAGUCUACACAGCCCAAGGCUAGCAAUGUUACCGCGGGGAUUAGGAUGCCGACUACUAAUGCUGGAAAAUUUGACAUCAAAUCCCAUGUUAUGAAUAUGAUCACGGGAAAUCAGUUCUAUGGUCUUGACAAUGAAGAACCCGUCGAUCAUCUGCAGAAAUUCCUUCAAGCAUGUUCUCUACAAAAGAUUACUGGGAUGACUGACGACGAGCUCUACUUGUACCUUUUUCGUUUCUCUUUGGCGGGCAAGGCUCAGUUGAAGAUUAUAGAUUUUAAGUCCUCACAAUUACAUAUUCUUGAGUCCUCCUUCCUCCAGAAACAAAAUAUCGCAAUCAUGCUUGCAGAAUCCUGUUUUGACCUACAUAAAGCUGUUGGUGAAGACUUCUGGGUGUCUACUUGGUGCAACAGUAUGGCAUUUGAGGGGAAGCAGUUAGAGGGAACAAGAAUUACUCUUUUGAAAACGGGAGAACGUGGAUUUGAUUUCGCAAUAAGAACACCUUGUACGCCAUCAAGGUGGAAUGAGUUUGAUACUGAAAUGGCAAUGGCAUGGGAGGCUCUAUGCAACUCUUAUUGUGGGGAGGCUUAUGGAUCAACUGAUUUCAAUGCCCUUGAAAAUGUCCGAGAUGCAAUUUUGAGGAUGACUUACUACUGGUACAACUUCAUGCCACUCUCCCGAGGUUCCGCUGCAGUUGGAUUUGUAGUUUUGCUUGGAUUGUGUCUUGCAGCAAACAUGGAGUUCUCUGGGAGUAUCCCAGAAGGAGUGCAGGUUGAUUGGGAAGCGAUUCUUACUUUCAGUCCCGACUCUUUUGUGGAGUCUGUGAAGAAGUGGUUGUAUCCCAAUAUGAAGGUGACGACAUCUUGGAAAGACUACCCAGAUGUUGCCUCAACUUUAUCAACAACUGGAUCAGUAAUUGCUGCUCUCAGCUCUUACAAUAAUUAAAAUCUGAUUUCGACGAUUUCAAAGAGUGAAAAUCUGCCGUUGGCGUCAGCUGUUGUUGCACAAGACCUUAUGGCGUAUGGUUGGCGAAAACUGCCGCCACUGUGAAUGAUCUUUAUACGAACCACAAUUCUUCACUCAUUUAGAGUAAUACUGUUGUAUGUUUAAUAUUUAAGUUUUCUUAUCUGAUUUCUUUUGAAUUUUUUUCGUUCCCUAUGUUUCGUGCUAUGGAUAAUUUAUUUCGAUUUCUUCAAUGCCUCCAAGAAUAAAUGCAGUAUGUUUUAGCUAGCAGUUUAUUGCAUAGGAGUAUAUGAUUGUAUAGAAAUUUCUGGCUUUCCCUUUAUAAACUCAUGUUCAUCUUCUUUGUCUGCAUAAAUAGGUUUGAUUUUAUACCUCGAGUUUAAUCCCUCCCUCAAAAUCUUUAACAAGUUAACAUUCGUUACUAUGGGUCUAGUAGUCCCAUAUUUUCUUUUAUGUGUUAAUUUUUUGCACUAUACCCUUGUUUUCCUUACUGAACUAUCCUGUUUUCUUGAUUAAUUCUACCUUUUUUGGGAGUUGGAUUUCGUUUCAGUUAGAACAAGUAAGAUUUUGAGUUCGAUGUCACUUAACACCUUCCUUCCCCUCAAUCUUACCAUGUAAAACAAAAAAAUCCACCCGAACGCUUCCUACAUUUGUGUCCUUCAUUUCUAUCAAAAAUUUGUUCCAACUAAAUUAUUAGAAACUCCUCUCGUCCUAAGUAGGCCCUUGCGGGAGUUAACCUUCUCCACAUUUGAUAUAUUGUUCUAUUCAUGAGUAAUUAGGGUUGAAUAAAGUUUAGUUAAAAUUACAAAUCAUAAAAGAUUAAAUUAAACUUUAAGUAUAUGGUUUGAUCUAUGGUCCAAUAUCUUGGUUUUAUUUUAUUUAUUUUUUUUUAUAUAGAACGUUAUAGUUUCUCGGUACCAUUCAAUUUUUUAAGUGUAUUAGACAAGUAGUUCUUAAAUAUUUGUCAUUUUGUUUAAUAUGUAUUGAACUAAUGCAUUAAAUUUCUAAGUAUAGAUGAUCGGCAUUCUUAUGCGUGGCAUAUAUUCUCUUCGUUUUUUAAUGAAAUUUUCAUAAGAGAUGUUCACGGGAAUUAAAAAAGAUGAAAUCUUUUAGAUAAUGGAGAUAUUAUUUUAUUAAAUAAUAAAUUUGAUGGAAGAAAAGUGAAAAGAGACAAUAAAUAUUAAAAAAAUAUUAAAAGGAAGUUACUGCAAAAAAUAUGAAAAUCACAACUAAUAAUUAAAUGUUUUUAUAAAGUUAGUGGAAAACAUAUGGAGACCAUAAGAAAUGUAAAAAUUUUAAAAUGAAGUUAGUGGAAGAUAUGUGGCGAGCAUAAGCAUUAUUAAAAUAUUAAAAUGAGGAUGAAUUAGGUUUGUCCGAAAAUUGUAAUAUAAAUGGAAAUAUUUCUUAUAGAAACAACAAAUGAAACACUCCUAAAUAGAAAGUGAGAACUUAUUUAUGAAACGAAGGGAGUAUAAAAUAAUGUGGAGAAUAUGAUAAACAAAUUAUGUAAGUAGCAAAAAAAUAAGCAAGGGAAGUUAUUUAGGAGUACCCACUGAAACUCUUUGGUUAAUUGCUUCACAGUUGAUGAAUUUGAAUGUAGUGGGAGAGUCAUUGUUUCUGUCUGGAAAUUAAGAGAAAUAAAAAGGCCGUCUAAUAUAUGACGGGAAAUUGAACGUAACAUAUAGAGUAGUUGGAGCAUCCAUGGAUAACUAAUUGUGCACAUGUGGAUAAUCAGACAACUAGUAGAAUUGAGAGUCAAUAUUUGUCUAUUAAAUACUAUAUUGGUAGUGGUAGUAGCGCUUUUACAAUAUUUAACUGGAUACACACAAAGGAAAAUCACCAAUCCAAGAUAAAGACAUAUAUUGGAGGAAUAUUUGAAUACCAUUUCAUGGGUGUUGCGGUUUUGUUGGAUGGGACCAUUGUAUAAAAACAUAUCCAUUUAUGCUUUAAGGCAACAUCCUGUCGAGCAUAAUCGUAUGUUAAAUCUAAGAGAUUUUGUGUUUAAUAAAUGUGCUUGCGUUCUUCGGGGUGCUUACCCAAGCUGUUUGACUGUCCUCUUUAACAAAUACAAUUCGCUGAUAUCAAAACGCGUAAUACACCCAAUAUAUGUGGUAUGUAUGUUCGCUCAAUAACGCCAAUGGAUUAGUCAAAAAUAGAGUCGAGUCAACCUAAAAAUAAACUUUCUUAUUUUUCUAUCAGCGAAUUAAUCUUAUUUAAAAUUCAACAAACAAUAGAAUUACAAUUCUAACUCUACUCUUGCUUUAUUUUAAGAACAUCACGGUAACGAGGAUGUCAUCAUCUAGAUACAUGAUGUGUGUAUUUUAUAUAUUAUUUUCUACCAUGCCCCCAUUGUAUUUUCAUAGCAUUUCUCGCGUAUUUUGCUCAAUUUUCUAUUGGUUUUUAUGCUUGGUUGGAGUGUUUGUUUCUUAUAUAUUUUGUAGGUACAAAGCUCUAAUUAUGCUAGGAAUCGACUCUUGGAGCGAGAUUUGCAAGUUGGAAGGUCAUAAGCUACUCAAAGGUCAUUUUUGUGCUGAUCAGGUCUCAUACCCGGCCGGCUGAGCCUCUCAUACCCGGGUGGGUUUCCACAUACCAGACCGGGUUUGCACUUGAUACUUAGAAGAAUUUGAAGACGCUAUUUGGAAGAAAAAAUUGCCACACGCACCCGGCCGGGUUUCCACAUACCCGGCCGAGUAGGCCUCUCAUACCCGGGCAGGUUUCCACAUACCCGGCCGGGUGAGACUCUCAUACCCGGGUGGGUUUCCACAUACCCGGCCAGGCUUCCAUUGAAGAUUAAAAUGCUCUGCUGCGUACCCGGGCGGGUUUCCCACAUACCCGGCCGGGUUUACUCCUAAACUUAGAAACUUUUUAAUCUUUGACAUUUAGUUAUGCCUCGCACCCGCCCGGGUUUCCACAUACCCGGCCGGGUCCUGCAGUUAUUUUUUUAGUAACUUCCCGUAUCCUCCGAUCUCUUUGGAGGAGGAUAUAAAUAGCUCUUGAGGGGAAUUUCCAGGACAAUAUUUUUUCUCUGUUUUUGAGGGUUUGGUAUCAAGGAUUUCUCAUAUUACUUGUCAUGGGGGAUUGUUAAUCAACACUUGAACAUUGUAAUUCUAAUUAUAUUGAAGGUAUUAGUUUCAAUUCCAA